AUGGUGGAUAUGGUUACAACACGGAAGAGUGACUUUGGGCGGAUUCUAGUUGCAGUGUUGGAUCCCGCUUUACUCCCAUCUAGUAUGGAUGUAGUUAUCGGGGAUCAUUAUUUUGAGCUUAAGAUUGAGAAGGAGAAGGUGGGUUUCGAUGAUAUUGGCGAUGAGGUGGAGCUGGACUUCGGAGAGAAUGGUGAUGAUGGAGAUGGGAAGGAGGAGGAGGAGAAUAAUGCUGAUAGAGAUGCUAAAAGGGCUAGGCCGGUAGAUGCUAUGGAGGAGGAUAAUGGUGAUGAGGGGGAUGGGACUGCCGAUGGCACUGCGUCCUUGGGGGAUGGCCCUGCUUUGGAAAAUAAACUCAAAUCUAUGGCCCAAAAUAUUAUAGAUAUGGCGGUGGACAAGGUCAUGCUUGAGUGUGCAGACAACGUGCUUGCUGAAACUGAUUUGCAGCUUGAUGGUCAGGUGGAAGAGGUUUUUUCGGCGAAUGAUGACGUACUGGAUUUGGUUGGGGAUGAUCCUGUUGCCGAUUCGGAGCACUUGGGGGUUGCUGGGCAGGUGUCCGAGGUGAUUGUGACGCCACGGCCGCUGGCUGGACGUCUCCUGGAGGUUGGCGCUCCAACGGUUGGAGCAACGGAGACAACUGGAGGCCUGGCGGAUGGUAUGGCCGCCUCUGUUGGGUUUGUGCAGGCUUCUCAGGGGCUCGGUUUUGGCCAGUUGGGCCUGGGCGGCAACUCACAGAAGGGAGGCGGUGGUGCUCCUGGGUUUCAGAACCAAUCUCCUGAUGGCGAGCAUAGUUCAGACAGCCCUCCUGCAGGUAUUCUUGGAGUUGGUACAGGUGGUGCUGAUUUUGAUCAUGGCUCUAGUGGAUGCGGUUCUGGUGGUCUAGUUACUCACGCCGACGCCACUCUUGCCAAGGCUGCUAGUGUCAGGGCUACGAGCACAGCAGUUCAUGGUGCAGCAGGAGUGGGUGCGCCUGCGGCUGUGGUUGCUGCUGCAGCUGUGGAGGAGGUGCGCAACACACCAAAGCGUUCGAGUCCUCGGUUGGCUAAGCACAAUGACGAUGACUCUAUUCAGAAGGCAAAGAAGAGGGCGGCAUGGAAGAAUUUGGACUUCAGUGGAGGUAACACCACGGACCUUUCUUUCAUUCCUUUCUCUGUUAAUGAAAUUUCUUCGCAUGUUUCUGCUCUUGGAGUUAGCGUGGGUAACAAUCCUAAUCUAGUUGUUGACUCGGUUAAUUUAUUAAAAGAUAUUGAAUUGUCAAGAUUGAGAGCCGAGCCGUCUAGUACGGACGUCUUUUCUAAAAAUAAUCUUUUAAGUGAUGAAGAAGAUAAUGAGUUAGAAAAUAUUGCUCUUGGCCACUUAUGUGGUGAUUUGAUGGAUGAGGUUAUGGAUGAUGACAGAAUCUUCUGGAAUAGCAGAGGUCUUAGUGACUUGGCUAAAAAUAGGUUCCUUUCUGAUUUGUCAAAAGAGCAGAAGCUAGACUUCAUCGCUCUUCUUGAAACAGGGAAGAAAGAUUUUUCGAAGACUGUCCUUAAUAAUAUCUGUGGAGGACAAGAAUUUAUUUGGCACUGGAUUGAACCUCAUGUGUAUGGGGCUGCUCAAGUAGAACACAAAGAAUCCUCCCUUGCAGAGUUGGUUCAAACUUGUGCAAAGGAAACUGGCCCGGUUCUUGUGGGGGGAGAUUUUAAUAUAAUUAGAAACCCACAGGAAAAGAACAAUGGCCGCUAUGAGGAUCGGUGGCCCUUCCUUUUUAAUGCUAUCAUUGAUAGCUUGGAUUUGAGGGAACUUGAUCUCUCAAACAGAAAAUAUACCUGGGCCAAUAACAGAGAAACACCAACUUAUGAAAGGCUUGACCGGAUCUUAGUAAGUACGGAAUGGGAGUCUAAAUUUCCACUUGCGACGGUGCAAGCGUUAACAAGGGAAAUAUCAUAUCAUACUCCGUUGCUUUUAGAUACUGCUGACGAAUUAGAUAAAAAAGUGGAGUUGCAGACUCUUAGUAGUCGGGAAAUAAAUCUUAAAAACUUUUAUAAAGAGAGACUAGCUCUCCUGCUAAGGGAAGAGGAGCUCAAAUGGUAUCAACGAGCCAAUACAACUAAGUUGUUAUCUGGCGAUUGCAAUACCAAGUAUUUUCAUUUAGUGGCCAAUGGAAAACAUAGGAAGACUAGAAUUUUCCGGUUGGAGCAAGAGGAAGGAACAAUCACGGGUGACGAAAAUCUUAAAAAAUUCAUCACCAAUUACUAUAAAGGUCUCUUUGGGGAACCGGAUAGUAACAACUUUUCUAUGAUAGAGUCCUUCAUAGAUGACAUCGCACAGGUUUCACAAUUAGAAAAUGACGUCUUAACGGCGGAAUUUUCAGAAAAGGAGGUUAGAGCGGCCAUUUUUCAAAUGGAGCAUAAUAAGGCUCCAGGGUCCGAUGGGUUUCCGGCCGAGUUUUACCAAGUUUUUUGGGAGUUAAUAAAACACGAUUUCAUGCCUCUCUUUAAUGAAUUUCACAAGGGUAGCCUCCCCCUUUUUAGUCUUAAUUUUGGUAUAAUUACAUUAUUACCAAAACAAAAGGAAGCUACACAAAUCCAACAAUUCCGACCCAUUUGUUUGUUAAAUGUCAGCUUCAAGAUUUUCACAAAGGUGUUGACUAACCGUAUAGCCCUAGUGGCUCAAAAGGUGAUUCAACCAUCACAAUCGGUUUUUAUGAAAGGAAGGAAUAUUUUGGAAGGGGUGGUCAUUCUGCAUGAAACCAUACAUGAAAUGCAUAGGAAAAAGUUAGAUGGGGUAAUCUUAAAGCUAGACUUUGAGAAAGCCUACGACAAGGUAAAAUGGUCUUUUUUACAACAAACUCUGAGAAUGAAAGGUUUCUCGCCGAGAUGGUGCAAAUGGAUUGAUCAAAUUGUGAGGGGAGGCAGUGUUAGUGUUAAAGUCAACGAUGAUGUCGGGAAUUUUUUCCAAACUAAGAAAGGACUAAGACAGGGUGAUCCCUUGUCUCCUAUCUUAUUUAAUCUAGUUGCAGAUAUGCUAACAACCUUGAUUUUCCGAGCUAAGUCUAAUGGAAAAUUCAAGAGAGUUGUCCCUCACCUGGUUGAGGAUGGUCUGUCUAUCCUCCAGUAUGCGGAUGACACUAUCCUAUUUUUAGAUCAUGACAUGAUCAAGGCCAAAGAUCUUAAGCUAGUGCUUAGCACCUUUGAGCAAUUAUCGGGGCUGAAAAUUAAUUUUCACAAAAGUGAGCUGUUCUGCUAUGGUGCAGCCAAGGAUUGUGAACAAGAGUAUACACAAUUAUUUGGUUGUAAGGUAGGUGGCCUUCCUUUUAGGUAUCUAGGUAUACCUAUGAAUCAUAAGAAAUUAUCAAACAAAGACUGGGCCCACAUUGAAGAUAAGUUCCAGAAAAAACUAAGUAGUUGGAAAGGAAAGUUAUUUUCGGUUGGAGGGAGAUUGGUCUUGAUUAAUUCAGUGCUAACUAGUUUAGCCAUGUUCAUGCUAUCUUUUUUAGAGGUCCCUAGAGGAAUCCUUCAGAAAUUAGAUUACUAUCGAUCAUGUUUUUUCUGGCAAUGUGAUGAUCACAAAAAGAAAUAUCGUCUCGCUAGAUGGAGUGUUCUUUGUAAACCCAAGGAUUUUGGUGGUCUAGGUAUACAAAACCUAGACCUUCAAAAUAAAUGCCUACUGAGUAAAUGGUUGUUUAGGCUCAUAAAUGAAGAUGGAGUUUGGCAAAGGCUUCUAAGAAAGAAAUAUUUGCCUAACAAAACUCUAACACAAGUGCAGCAUCGACCAGGUGACUCCCAUUUUUGGUCCGGCCUUUUGAAAGUUAAAGAUGAUUUUCUGGCCGGUGGGUGUUUUAAAGUGCAAAGUGGGGAACAAGUUAGGUUUUGGAAGGAUAUUUGGUUAGGAGACAAACCUCUUAGGGAGGCAUAUCCUAAUCUUUUUAGAAUUGUAAAGAAAAAAUAUGAUACGGUGGCAAAUGUCCUACGGACUGUACCACUUAAUGUAUCUUUUAGGAGAGGUUUGGUAAUCUUCAGGGCGACUUACUGGAUCCGACAGUGGUCCCUGGUGCAUAAGAUGGAGGAGCGCCUGUUGUUCAAGCGUGGUUGCAGAGACUUGGAGACAAUGUUGAUGGCGGUCUUUGCAAAGUUUGGUUGGUGCUUCCGGAAUCGAAUUGAAGCGUAG